CUUGGGAUCAGUCUGUCCCCCUUCAUCGCCACACUCUUCUCGUCUAAUGAGAAAACCCGCAUAGCCCGUUUUCCGUGCACAGAGGAACCCGUACACUUUGUGGCAUGAGUCUGUAUAGCUCGACCUCACACCAUGAACCCGGACGCAGGAAGUCAGGGUUGGCUGGAACCGAGCCACGCUCGUGAGAAGCUGUUUGAUGAGGUUCUUGAGCAGCUGGCCAGGUGUGAUCUCUUCAGCAACACUACCCUCGGGAAGCCUACCAUUUUCCCUGUCUAUGCGCACAGGAACGACGCUGUGGGGAUCGCCCACGACAAAUGCGUUCAUGACUUGAUCAGCUGGUUCCAGAAAAUCAACGCUGGAAUUCUUUCCGACAAGUCGGCUCUCCCUCCUCUAACAUCCGACCAAGAUGACAGUUCUGCUCAGCGAAAUAUCAUCGCCAAUCAGAUUCGCCUCCUUCCCCUUGGUGAUAACGCCAGGCCUGAUGGAACAGGUACCAGGUGUAUCGAUAAGGUGCUGGUUUGCGGGUCUGGUGUCCUUGAGGGUUAUUGCACAACACCAUACGCUUCGCAAUACAUUGACCAAGUCGUGAAUAUCUGCAACAGCCACGACGUCACGUCGGAUGUGACACUGAAGUCACAAAUACAAGAUUUCGUUCACGGCGAGACGAGCAAAGAUGGGUUUCAUCACGUGCUCACAGAGGUCGCGUUCCUAAGGGUAAGGAAACUCCACCGACCUGGUCGACACGGCAUGGUCCCUGUUUCGCUAAACGGAGCUCACCAUCUUCCGUACUUGUCGGUGUUUGGGGAUAGCGACAUAACCUUCAAGCUCAAGUCAACCUCAGCGGCCGACAAACACGCUCUUUUCUUCCAAUUACUAGAGCAGCUUUUCGUCCAACACAAGGACAUCGCUCAUGACUUCAAGAACUGCUAUAAGAGAGUAGUCGGUGACCUGGGGCUGACGGGAAAUGGCCCCGUGCAUGGCGAGACCUUCCACGGUUCUUUGAACUCAAACAUGACAAGGAUGUACCAUGAACACUGGAGUACAUUCUCCACUGCCAUGAGGAAUGGAAAGUUUAAUGAGUACGCCGGCCUACUAGGACGGCAUGUCCUCGACAUUCUGGAUGAAAAGAAGGCCAAGGAGCGACGCGAAAUUCUGCAGUGGGUGUCCCCAAUGGCUGCCCCCCCGAUGCCCGGCAAAUACGAGAAAGGUCGCGCGAGGCGGUUGGAUGGCACCUGUGACUGGAUUGUCGAGGACGAGAAGUUCAUCCAAUGGUAUAAAUCCGAGGCCUCCGCGAUUAUAACGCUACAAGGAAGAAUGGGAAUGGGGAAAACCCAUGCGACCUCAAGAGUUAUUGAGUGGAUUCAACAAUCUCUUGGUGAAAGUCAACAUCAUAUGGCUUUCGCCCAUUUCUACUGUAUCGAGCAAGACGAAAUGCGCAAUACUGCCACGGCAAUCAUUCGAAAUAUUGUGAGGCAAAUUGCGGCUGUGGGACCCACCGAAGGCGUUUCGCUGAACGAGGCCGUCGUCAACAUGUGGAACAAACACGGUCAAAAUGCUGGGGUUCAUGAUACGACAACUCUCGACGAAUGGGAAGAUUGUCUUUCCAAACUCAUCAUCACUUUUCACGGGGUUACUAUUGUACUGGAUGCACUCGAUGAGUGCAAGCCAGCCCAACGCACGGACUUGACCAAAAUCUUUUCUUCGCUCGUUGAACGAUGUUCCAACUUGAAGAUCUUUGUCUCUUCAAGACCCGAGCUAGAUUUGUCCCGGUGGCUAGAAGUACAAUCCUCUAUUUUGAUGCACAACAACGCCACCUCAAAAGACAUAGCGACGUUCGUACGGGAGAAGAUCGCACAGCAUCCCGAAUGGCCAGAUUUGGAGGAUGAGCUUAAAAAGCACAUGGUGAAGACCAUCGUGGAGAAGAGUCAGGGGCUAUUCCUAUGUGCUCAUCUUCAAGUCGAGAAUCUACAGGAAUGCCUGUUUGAAGAGGAUAUACGAGACGGGCUAGAAUGUCUGCCACAGGGGCUGACACAGCUUUAUGAAAAGCUAUAUCUUCGCACAACGAUCAAGCCCGCGGAAAGGAAAUACAGGGAUAGGGCCCUUCGAUGGGUCCUGUGUUCUUUGAGGCCUUUGACAUCGGACGAACUGCUCUAUGCGAUCUCACAGGACGCGCAUACCGAUCGCCUGUCUCCCACUCGCCGGGAACUGUCCGAAAAAUUGAUAUUGAAAACUUGUCACAACUUCCUGGCCCUCGAUACAAACAAGCCCGAGCAGGAAGAAUUCCAGUUUUUCAGACUACUAGAGAAUCCACCUGGUCCUGUGUGGCGGCUUGCUCACCAAGCAGUGGCGGAAUUCUUCGAAAAUAGCGGCAGCUGUUCCGAGGAACGUGCUGAGAUGCACUACGAGGCCGGGAAGGUUUGUCUGAUGAUAACAAUCAACACAUUUGGUGGCUCCGCUGUUAAAGACAGCAAGAUGGACGACGAUAUCUGCCCAUGCGGUACAAGUCUCGAGUCCCCAUAUCAUCACGCACUGCAAGAGCCUCUGCGUGAAUACGCCGCCCAUGCCUGGCCAGCCCAUAUGCGCACAAACGAGCACCAGGAGUCCCGCAACAAAGGUGGGCUUUCGCGAACGCUACUGCGAUUUCUCACUGGCCCUAAAGAAGGCCACAUGCCAUACGAGAGAUGGGAACAGCAUGGAUCGUGUUCGGCACAUUUUCUACCAUGGUCGACUUUGAAUAAACGAAGCCUGCCCUUCAAUCCAGAGUGUAAAAUGAGCCCCUUCAAUCUGGCUUGUUACCUCGGAUUUCCCCAAACUGUCACCAAGUUGUUGAACUCUGCUGGUAUGGAUACGAACACGUUGUACGAUGCGCGGCGGUGGUGGCCAUGGGAAAGAGCUGAAUGGAUCAGCCCCUUCUAUGAUCACUCGCUACGAUGGUCGGCCACGGCGCUGGCCUGUGCCCACGACGAAGCGGAGGUUCUUCGGUGCCUGUUGAGUGCUGACCCUCCGGCUCGAUUGGACACGUUUGCGGCCGACGAGGUGCCCCCCAUUGUCGCCGCUGCAAUGGGCGACUCUAUCAAAGUCGUGCGCGAGCUGCUUCAAACCCACCACGGCCUCUCUUUGUCCUCAAGUUUUACCAGCCAGCACGGACAUGUCCUACGGUUUGCAAUCAGAUUUGACUCGUUGCAAGUCCUGCCAUUGCUGCUGGAUCGGAUCCUUGUUGACUCCCCCACGUUGGAGGGGCCCUUCUCAUUCGUCAGGGACAGAGAUUUCGAAUCAACAAAGACCAUCCCACUUCUUCUGGAGAAGGGUGUGGAGGUGAACACGCCUCUCUCAGAUGCAACACUACUGGCCGUCGCGGCAUCCUUCGGCGACGAGGGUUUGGUCUCUGAGCUGUUGGAAAGGGACGCGGACGCGAACUUGCAGUUCCGAGGCCUGGACUCCAAUGGAUUUGAGGUUGAGAAUGCUCUCGAAGCCUGCCUUAAUUCGCGGGGAGUCGUUGAUCAUCGAUUGGCAGUUGCACGUCUACUGGUUGAAAGUGGGGCGACUGUUAGCGCCAAGGCCGUCGUGAUGGCGCUUCUUGGCCUCAAGCAGCACCGCCACGGGGAGCCUGACCGAGAUGUUAUGCGGCUACUUAUCACCAGGAUGUCGGACCCAAACGAGAUAGUCACAAAUAAACGGGGAGAUACCACCUGUGCCCUGGAUUUAGCUAUCGAAACCGGCAAUCUAGCUAUGGUGGAGUUGCUAUUGGAGAGCGGUGCCGACCAGAACCUAUCACUGCCGGAGGAAGUGGAAGGAGCGACUCGGAUGGUCAGCGUGCCUAGCAAACUGUUUCAGGCAAGUCUGCACGAAUGGCCAACAGCGCAGCCGCAGUACCUAACGCUGCAAAUGAUUGAAGUGCUGGAGGAGGCAGGGGCCGAUUUCGGGAGCUUGGAUGGCCACGACCUCGACAUUGCGCUCGCAGCUACCGCAUGGGCUGGCUUAACGAAACGUGUGCGGUUUUUCCUCGAGCACGGUGCCGAUCCGAAUGCUCCAACUGGCAGUCGAUUUGUCACAGCACUUGGUGCGGCUGUAGCCUCGGGACGACCGGAGGCACCCGACAUUGUUCGCAUGCUCCUGGACAUGGCCGAUGUCAACCUUCGUCUUCCAUACCAACGAUACCCGUUCUACGCGGAGCUUGCACUCGACUUUCCUCUCUCCGCAAUACUGGAUGAAAAUCAUCGAUAUCGAGAUCGCGACCUGAACCAUGGCGAAUGCCUUCGCAGCUGGGCCCAAUCGGCCUCCGUUCUCGCGUCUAAUGGUGCUGUCUGGGACGUCGACUUUGCACAAUGGAGGGAAUGCCUGAGACAGGUGGAGCCUGAAUUUGAGUCGCAGGAGGCAGACACUCUUGAUACAAUGCAGCAAAAUUUGGAGAGGAAUUGGAACAAAUUGAGUGCUUCACAAAAAGCGUCUGAUGAAUGGAGGAUCAAGGACCCGCUGGCAAUUGAAUCUGGACCAGGAGACCCCGAUACAGAAAUUUACGACUCAGAUGGACCUGACGGGCCUCAAAGAGGGGUUUUAAGGAAAAUGUAUGAAAUUAUGCGUACGGAUUGAGUGUUAAAAUACCCUAUUUAUUAA